CACGAACUGGCAGCCUUGCAUUUUCCGUUGCUUUUCCUCGCUGUGUUCAACGCGAGAGGGUACUAGGACUUGCGGGUUAGGACCAUCUCUACCUCUUGCUUGCGUUGCCUUUUCCAUAUGUGCUUCCUAGUGACACGUUUCACGAUGCUGGGGCGGGGAGGGAAGGUAUACCUUGCGCUCUAUGUACACUGCCUAUUCUUACACGCAAUCCAGAUGUACGCUACAGACUCAGAUGACAUGGACGCGCUCACCUUCAACGCUCCCACUGGCAUCUUGUUCCGAUAUUUAACUUUCUCAGAGGCGAAGAAGCAGCCUAUCAGCGAGAUAAAUCUUAAGGAGGCCUUUGAAGUGCUUGUCAUGAACAUGAGUCAAUUGUUUGAUCAAUGUAUCCCCCUUGGACGCGACUACCUCGAGCCCAUCAAAGACGUCGGUCCGAAAUUCGCACUCAAGCUGAUACGUGAGUAUGGAGCGUCGUGAAGCGCUUGAGAGAAAAAUCCACCAUACAAAAAGUAGCUCAGGCUACCGUCGACUCGGACGAAGAGUCCGAGCAUGAAGAGGAAGACGAACCAGCGCCAACGAGCGUGGAAGCUCAAAGUCCUACACCCGAUGACUCCAACGGGGGUAAAGUACAGAGGCCUUAAAGUCGAAGGUAUUGAAUGGAUGCAGGAGAAACAGAGGAUAGUCGAAGAGGCGCCAAGUGCACUCGUCGUUGGGGGUGGUGCUUUGGGUAUUC